GUGUUUAGCUGAGAGUGCUGUGAGCAUGUUAAAUAAACACUGUUCAUAUUAAGAGGUGAAACAAUGUGAGAAAACUGUGUGAGACCAGAACACUUUCUGAGAGGAUUUUAUGGGAGUCCACGAAGAGUGGAAUUAAGUUGGAGUACUCUAAAAAACUUUUCUGAUUUUAGACAAAGUUCAUGGAGGGAAAGCAUACACUGAGCUUGGAGAACACCUCCCUGCACUUGAACAUUUCAGCAAGGCUAAACAAUUCCUAUCCAGUGUCCUUGCCUGGCUUGCAGUACAGCGAAGGAGAGGUGGUCUUAAUUAGCAUCUUAAUGGUGAUCCUGAUUGUAGGCAUUGUUUUUGGCAAUGUGCUGGUCAUCAGUGCUAUUGUAAAAUUUCAGCGUUUGCAGACGGUCACCAACUACUUCAUCAGCUCCUUAGCCUGCGCAGAUCUGGUCAUGGGCCUCAUGGUAGUGCCAUUUGGUGCAUGCUACAUUCUCCUCAACAAGUGGCACUUCGGAAAAUUAUUUUGCGAGUUUUGGACGGCUACAGAUGUAUUGUGUGUGACUGCUAGCAUUGAGACGUUAUGCGUGAUUGCCCUGGACCGGUACAUGGCAAUUAUGUGGCCUUUGCGCUAUCAGUCAAUGCUUACGAAGCGGAAGGCCUGUGGGGUGCUUCUAGGGGUGUGGGCAGUGGCCGCCCUCAUCUCUUUCCUGCCCAUCCACAUGAAGUGGUGGGUGUCAGAUGAACCUGAGGCACUGAGCUGCUUGGAGAACCCAACCUGCUGUGACUUCACCACUAACACUGCCUAUGCUGUGACCUCCUCCAUUAUCUCCUUCUACAUCCCGUUGGUCAUUAUGGCAUUUGUGUACAGCCGGGUCUUCCAGGAGGCCUGUAGACAGCUUCAGAAAAUCGACCGCAUAGAAGGGCACAUACGCACACAGAGCUUCAGCACCCAGGUGGGAAACGAGGUAAAGAACCGGAAGACCAAGUUCUGCAUGAAGGACCACAAAGCUCUGAAGACUUUAGGAAUCAUCAUGGGAACUUUCACCCUCUGUUGGCUCCCAUUUUUUGUUCUUAAUGUGGUGGCAGCCAUCUGGAAGAUGCACAACAUCAUGUUGCCAUUCAGGAUUUUGAACUGGAUCGGCUACACCAACUCCGCCUUCAACCCCUUGAUCUACUGCAGGAGUCCUGAGUUUAGAUGCGCAUUUCAGGAGAUCCUGUGCUGGAGAACUUCUCAACUACCUUCUACAAAGAAAAACAAGGGAUAUAACUACAGCAGCCACAUAUGGCCACGAGUCGACAUGAAGAUCACCGGACAACGAGAGUCCUCACCAGCUUGCGAAACAGAAAUGGGUGCUAACUGUUUAACUGCAGGUACCAAAAACAUUGUAAUAAAAUUGUGACAUCCAACAUUUGAA